UGUGUAAGCAACCGUAUGUGUGUGAUGGUUCAUAUGUAUGUGUAUGUCUGUAUGUGUGCGUGUGUGGCAUGUGUAUAUGUGUAUGUGUGCGUCGACGUUGGGUUUAUAAAAGAUAUAUAAUAGGACGAAUGAAAAUGGCUGCGAUUUAGGUGUAAAUAGUCUGGAUUGCAAUUGUGCUGUUCAUAGUUGUUUUCGUCACAUAUACAAAGAAAUGAGUAUGAAAAUUAGAAUCAGCAAUGAAAAACGACAACACUUAUAAAAGGGGGAGAAGAGUAAAGUGAUUGACGUAGUGAGACGUAAGCAAAAAAGAAAGGGUGAGACAGUCAGAGGUAAAGAAAAAACAGUGCAAGAGAUAUGCAAAAGUUUAGAGAGUGUAAGAAAGGUGUAUCUCAGAAAACAGUGUUUAUAUUUGGCAUACGAUUAUAUAAACACUUAAUUUGCUAACAAGGCAGAGUAACGAUGGAUGUGCUCGGUUUGACAGAUUAUGCCACUACUUUGGCACUCAUCGCUGUGCUUAUUUUAACUUUCUAUCUGUUUGGAAGAAGAAACUUUUCAUAUUUCAAAAGACUCGGUCUCUCUGGUCCCGAACCUAUUUCUCAUUUAGGAAACUUGAUGGAGAUAACGAAACUGGGUUUUACUAAAGUAUUCAAAUACUGGAGGGAAAUCUAUGGUGACGUAUAUGGUAUGUACUUUGGAGUAGUUCCAAAUUGUGUUGUAAGUGAUCCAGAAUUUAUCCAAGAAGUUUUAGUCAAAAGAUUUUCAAACUUUGUCAAUCGAACACGAUUUGAAGGAGAUGAAAUCCAUAAUUUUGCACUUACAUCAGCCAAAAAUGAUCAUUGGAAAUAUCUACGCACUGUACUGAAUCCUUCUUUUACUUCACAUAAGAUGAGGGAAAUGAACGCAAUGAUUCAGACAUGUGCUGAUAAUUUGGUGGAAAAUAUUGAUAAGUUGGCAGAGAAUGGAGAAGUGACCGACGUUAAAAAGUUGUUCUCAGCUUAUGCCAUAGAUGUCAUAGCAGCAACUGGAUUCGGAAUAAUGGUGAACUCACAGAAAGACUCCGAUAAUCUAUUGGUUAAAAAGGCUAAAGACAUAUUGACAUUUAGUUUGUUUCAGCCUAUAAUCCUUUUAGCAUACCAAAUGCACAAAAACCUUUUAAAUCUUAUGAUAAAGGCUCAGCUGAAGGGUCAUGAGACGUUGCCCCCAGAGGUAGAAAAGGAACUUCACUUAGAAAAUGAUCUUGCUACUUACGACAGUGUUCAGAAAUUACCUUACCUCAACAUGUGCAUGGAUGAGACACUGAGAUUGUAUCCCGUUGUACUUUCGUUCGAUCGUAAGUGCAAUAAGGCAUGUAUGAUAAAAGGUGUGAAGAUUCCUGAAAAUCUGACUGUCAGAAUCGCUGUGGAUGUUCUACAUUACAAUUCAAAAUACUGGCCAGAACCGGAAAAAUUCAUUCCAGAAAGAUUUAGCGAAGAAGCGAAGUCUAAACAAGUGCCGUUCACCUACUUACCAUUUGGUGCAGGACCAAGAAUGUGUCUUGGAAUGAGACUGGCCAAGCUGGAGUUCAAGAUAGCAGCUGUUGAAAUGAUUCGAAAUUUCAAAAUUCUUCGAACUGAAAAAACCGAAGACCCUCUUGUAUUAGGCAACAAUUUCUUACUGGCAACUGUCAAAAAUGGCGUCUGGGUGAAGUUUGAACGACGACUAAAUAAGUAAUUUGAAGUACUGCACCUUUUGUAAAUUUAUAUACGAUUUAAUCUUUAAUUGGAAAAGUAAUCUAAUAAAACAAAAUUAGCGCGUCAUUAUAAAAUUCGAAAAUAUAACGAUAAUUUUUUUAAUAAUGUUUCCUUUUCAUCUAACAAUGAUUUUUUGUUGGUAUAUAUUCUAUUGAAUAUUAAAAGCAAAUCUACUACAGUUGACAUUACAAAUGUGAAUAAACUUCUAUUUUAGUAGUAAUUCUUAAUGCUUUUGUUUCAUGCGUUUUACUAUUUUCAUUUUGUCUUUCUUAUAUUUACUACUUCACACAUUGUUAUUUCUCAUCCUCUCUUUCACACACACAUGCGCGCGCGCGCACACAAUACUUACACACACAUAAUCAUCAUCUUUCUACAAACUAUGCGCUUAAGCGCACAAUUUGGUACCAUAUCCUCAUAUUGUUAUUACCAUUCAAUACCUUUUACCAAAUGUGCUUCCAUUAAUAUUCUUUCUUACAAGAUAAAACCGGCUAUGUGAUUUAUAGGGUUACAACACAGGAGCCCAAUAUCUAUUUUUCUUUGAAAUGAAAUAAAAUUUAUCUCAUAUCUGAUUUUCUCAUUGCGCAUGAGAUUUCAUUAAG